AACUGUGAUUCCGCGAAAGCUCGGAGCUACUGGGUGUGGCCCCGCCCCCUGGGAGCCCUGAAAAGCCCGGGCAGGGGGCGCGCAGGGAAGGCCUCCACCCGCGCCCAGCCCCCGGUCGACGCUUCCCAAAAAACACGGGGUCCCCCUCCCCCACGCGUGCACCCCAUGAUUACGCUGCGGCCGGCACUUCCGCACCGCGGGCCCUGCGGCCCGGCCCGGCCCGGGCGCGCGCUCGGCGCCCUGCGCCCCGCGCUCCUGCCACCCCGGAGGCGCUCGCGCUCGGGGAGGGCUGGGGGUUCCCGAGGCGCCCGCGGGCGGAGAGUGGGGGGAAGGAAGGAGGAUUUGCAACAAAUACCUCGGGGAGGAGGCGGCCGGGGCAGCGGCGGCGGCGGCGGCGGCGGCUGGAGGCGGAGGCAGCGGAGAAGGAGGAGGUGCCCAGGCACUCCCCCUCCCAUUGUCCCCAGGCCCGGCCCCGCGCCCGCACCGCGCCCCGCGCCCCCGGCCGCGCAGCCAGCCCUUACCUUGCAGCGCCUGGCUCUCCCCCGCUCGCUAAAGCUACUUAUCCCAGGAAAGCUCGCACGGGGCCCGGGAGCGAACCCACAGACAAAAAGUGAAACUUCGGCAGGGCUGGAGCGGCUGCUGGAAGAGGAAGAUGCAGAAGGUAAAAGGCCUGGGCAUUUAAAUAAAAUCAGAUAACUUCCUCAAGAGAUGAAGACUGGAUGUAAGCAGACCAGUGGGAAGGAAGAGGAAGAAUCAACAGAGCCUGGCCACUUGGAAACAGAAGCAGGAUGGGCAUGGGGAGGCAAAGGAGAGGAAGAGUAACCUAAAGCCAAAGGCUUCCUCUCUCAUUGUUUGCCUUCUCAAGUGGAGACACGCCUUCUGCAGCCACAGUGGUCCCCAAUUAACAUUUCUCCUUGCCACCAGUGCACGAGCCCCCAUGACUCAGCAAUCCCAGCCUCUGAUAAGAGUCCAUCGUCAUGACAAAGCAUCAACCAUUAAGCUUUCUUGCACACUAGUUCUGAGUCAGGCAAGUACAACUUCCUUCCCAAUGUAAAUCUCGAGAUCCAAUUAAGUGUCCAACUUUGAAUUCAUUCCAUGGGAAUUUUAUUGGUAAUCCAUUAGGUACAUAGUUAUACCUCGUAAACUGUGGAUGAUACGUAACACGUAAUCUACCAUAACACAAACAACUAACGUUUAUUUCCAGUUUUACAGUGGUUUCCACAUAUAUGUGUGCCAUAUUGUCUCUUAGAAUUCAUAUCAACGAUUGUUGAGUUGACUUUCAAAUGUGUUGUAGUUAAGAAAUACCAAGAGAGGCCUGCUGUGGUCAACACAGGGCAGAGUCCAGUCGUCAGCAUUGCUGCAUCAACAGAGAUGGGGACAGUCUGUUCAUUCAACCAGAGGUGAUCACUUAAUAUGUCCAUAUAUCAUCUCAACUGCCCAAGUUGAAACCAAAGUUUUCUUUCUCCAUAAAGUCUUCCUAGAUUUCCACCUCUCCAGCCAGAAAUAUCUCCCCUUUUCUGAACAUCCAUAGUACUUUUCUUAUAUCUCAUCUAUUAUAUUUUUAUUACAUUAAAAAAACUUUUUUUGAA